ACACAAGGUGUCGGAGACAUAUUGUUUUUGCUCCGUUUCUUAUUAUUCUUAUUAUUAUUUUCUUCUUAUUUUUCCUCUUCUUUAGUGAGAAUUUUUUAUGUCUCCGAACACAUAGUGUCGGAGACAUAUUGUUUUUGCUCCGUUUCUUAUUAUUCUUAUUAUUAUUUUCUUCUUAUUUUUCCUCUUCUUUAGUGAGAAAUUUUUAAGUCUCCGAACACAUAGUGUCGGAGACAUUGUUUUUGCUCCGUUUCUUAUUAUUAUUUUCGAUUUUAUGAACGUGUAUUGACUGAUCCACUUCAAACUUUGUGAUAGGGGGUCAUGAGGAGGGGUGCAAUCAACUUUCCAAAUUUUCAAAAUGGCCGCCAAAAACGUAAAAUAAAAUAUAAAAAUCAAGGUUGUCGGAUUUCAACCAAACUAUAUCUAGGGUAAUUUGUUGAUCCCGAGUCCAUUCCCACCAUCAAUUUUUUUUGAGCCGCUACUUUCAAAAUGUCCGCCUUAUACCGAAAUAUUUUAAAGAGUUAAAAUCUCAAUACAUUUGGGUUCUGGGGUCAAUUGAGGGUCCACAGUUCAUUUUUACGCUAAGUUUAUAUUUUGAAUGAAACGGAUUUCCCCCUCCCUUUUUACUUCGUUAAGGGCGAAAAUAGACACUGCCAGCUGUCUGGUUUCACAUCGUGAUCUCUAACGUAUUGUUGAUCUUGCCGUACAAUUUAGAACGUGAUCCAGAAUUAACUAAAAUUGCUGUCCACCUAAGUACCCCCUUGCUUGUCGUAAGAGGCGACUAAAUGGGGCGGUCCUUCGGAUGAGACCGUAAAAACUGAGGUCCCGUGUCACAGCAAGUGUGGUACGAUAAAGAUCCCUGUCUGCUCAAAGGCUGUAAGUACCGAGCAUAGGCCUGGAAUUUACAGUCCUUCAGUGGCAAUGGUGACCUGGUUAUAUGAGGGUGUCCGGGCAGCGCAGAGGUAGCGCUCUCAGUUCUCACUGCUGUGACCCGAGUUCGAUCUCCGUGAUCGGCAGUGGUUGUAUGUGAGAGGGUAUGGCGGUCGCCCGCUCGGACACGUGGGUUUCCUCCCACCUAAAUGACCCCCUAGCGCAAACAUCCUUUUUGUGAAUCAAAGGACCCCAUUGGAAAUAAGCUUUCGAGCUUUCAUGGGUUAUCAUUGGUAAUUAUGUUUGUAUGCACAUGUAUGUAUAUACCGAAUAAUUUUUUUUUUUUUAGUGAAAACUUCUCGAGAGGGACGUUAAACAUACAAUCAAUCUGACCACCUACUUACAGCUGUGUGUGUGUGUGUGUUUGUCUUGCUGUCUACUUGUCAUUAAAUAUGUUUUUUAAAUGAGAAUAUUUCGAAAGUAAGGACGUUAAAUAUGAUGCAUUAGUACUGGUAUUAUACACAAGUCAUUGGACUUCUCUAAACUGUUCUCUGGUUGGUCCAGAGAAAUGUUUUGAGUUACAAUAUUGCUGCGUGAAUUUACUCCCAAAAAGAUAUGGGUGGGUUUUUUUUCCAAUUUUUUUAAUUGUACUUUGCAAAACAAAUCAGAUCGUUUGCUUUCAUAUUCAGCGAAUUAAUAGAAAUAAAGUAAUAUACAGUACAUGUAUAUAUAUCUUGUGUAUAUCGACAGUCAUAACGUAAAAAUUUAGAUGACCUCUGAUAUAUUUCCAAAGAUUGUUUUUGUAUUAAAUGAUAACCUUGAAAAAUAUGUGUCGAUCUUACAAUUUUACUCAUACUGCAUUUCGAAAUCCCUGAUAUGAAUAACACAUUUGAAUACAUAUAUUGUAUUAAUUAUAGAUAUUUAUAUAUGAAACUUUUCGUCAAGCACGAUUGACAUAAAUCGUUUCUUUACGUAAUUCCGAGUGCCACCACUGGGAAGUGACGCUAUAUCUAGCCGAUUCUUGGUUGUUAGCAAGAGGAAACGAUCCUUGCUUUCAGUUCGGCGUACUCGGAAACACUUAAGAGUUCGGAAAUAUCACAGCAAUCAAAAUCAUGGUUGUAUUUUAGAAAACAUUUUAAUCUGAGACAACAAAAGGAUUUCUGUUUAUCGUUUUUCUUCAUAGUAAUUCAAUAAAUAUUUCAAAUCCAGAAAACAUAGGCAAUAUUUAUGUAAAGUUCCAUGAAUAAACAUGAUUUUACUUUGAAUGAAGGAAUUGUGGCACUCUUCUGUGAUAAAAUGGAUGCCUUGACUUCAGCCGAAUCACAGAAUCCUCAAGGAAGUGACGUAGUUUUCCCUGUCGACCAUGUGACUACCAAUUUGAGAAUGCCGUCUGUUAGCCCUUCUCAAUAUAUUUGCGAUAUGCUUGAUCCAUUAUUUGAGGAGUCAUACAUAGAAGGAAACGAAUAUACGGGACAACAGCAGCAAAGCCAUUUAGAAAAUAUUGUGGAUUCUACUAGUAUAUUUUGCGCUAAUAACAACAUUAACGGUACGGAGACCGGAAAGAUGAGGGGAGAAUCACCGGACACUGCCUGCAAAGUCACAGACUCCGCGGACUUUUACCAGGGAUACCAGGCUCAGUCCUACCCCACGGAUUACUCGGAGGGCCACGAGAGAUUGACACACCAAGGAAACUAUGAAGUGUCAUACUGUGCAAAAAUAAUGGACACUAACCCAGUGUGUGAAGACAGAAACGCAGCGUAUGAUAGGCAGUACCUUACAAAUAAAAGGACAAAAUACACAGAUUCCAAUGAAUUUGCUCGCUGGUCUAACAAACACCCAGAGACCUGGUCUUCACAAGAAGUUUUGGACUGGAUCUUCUAUACAGCUGAGAAAAAUGGAAUUGACUGCGAACAUCUUUACGCAGAAAACUUCCGAAACAUCGCUGGGUUUGAUCUCUGCAAGAUGGGCCUUGAUGGUUUCCUCAGACUCGAGCCCAACUAUGGCCGUCUGUUUUACAAAAUGUUUCGGGACUUGUGUGAUGGAUUGUUCUUUCAUCAGAGGAUUGAGACUCCAUCACACCACAGUCCCAAGGCCAACGAUCUUAGUUUCUCCCCUACCAAACCGAGGGAAAACAUUAUCAUGAAUUCCGAAUCCGCCCCCCUUGCUCCUUCGUAUUAUACCGUCCCUGACAUGGCAAAAAUGGAGACAACACCUUCGCAAUAUAUGUACGAAAUUCCCGGGAUGACUCAGUACAAAUGCCGAAACAUGCAUCCGAUGUCAAAUCCAUUCCAAGCUACACAUUUGAAGCACCACCCCCUACCGCCAUACGGACACAUUCCCUCACAAAUCAUGUAUCCCAACAUGCCCAGAUGCAUACCAUACCCGACCGACGAACAUCUACACCAACCCAUUCGCCGCCGACCAGGAAGGCCUCGAACCAAGAGCCAUCCCUCUGAAGAGGAGAACCACAGAGAAAAGAAAGUCAAGAAUCAGCAUCUUUGGGAAUUUAUCUAUGAGAUUCUGAUGAACCCAAUGUAUAACCCUCAGUUCUUAAGAUGGGAAAAUCAGAGAGAGGGCGUGUUCCGCUUCGUCCAAUCAGAGGCUGUGGCCCAGCUGUGGGGAGGACUAAAAAAUAACGAAAAUAUGACCUACGAAAAACUAAGUCGAGCUAUGAGGCACUACUACAAGAGAGGAAUUUUAGAGAGAGUAGAGGGACGAAGACUAGUCUACAAGUUCUCCCGUGUAGCGAUGGAGAGAGUGAGAGAGAAACGACACUCUAUUUGACUAUAGUGUCUAUGGAGUAUGUGUUUGCAGACUUCAGUGUACACUGUCACGGACAAGAGUGGUUUCUGUGGAUGUGGUCCACACAGUUCCCGUGGUAGGCGCAUUCUACCGAGUGACCAAUAUAAUUGGCUAGCAGCUUCUAGUCGAUCCUUUGUGUUCAAGUCCCAUACGCGGUGUUCGAGUUCAAGUGCGCAUGCGUAAAUAAGAUGUACUCACAUUCAAUCUUAACGUCUUAAAUGACAGACAUUAUAUCUUAUGCAGCCAGAAAAUUCCACACAAACAUGGCGAUCUUUAUCCGCAACGGAAGUGAGGAAAGGGGAGUUCAUUUCUUAUUGAACGACAAUAUCAUACUGGUGCCACUGACAUGAAUAUUUAUUAUGUUUGAUGUCCACAAACUGGACAGAGAUACUACAAAGUGUUGCUAUUCUUGUACAUUAUGCAAUAAUGUGUGUGAACAAGUUUUUUUUUAUGCCCGUAGAAUUUUAUACUGUAAAUAGCGAGUUCGGAAAUGUAAGAAACUAUAAACAUUUGCCUACUUAAAUUGUUUUAUCUUUCCUUGUGUAAUAACUAUUUUGUUAUUGAAACUGAAGUGCGGUUUAUUUAUGAUCUUUAUUACGGUAUUGUUAUGCUCUCGGUUUCUUUCUGACAUUCUGUUUAUAAACACAUAUAUUUCAAAAGUUGACCAAAGUUUUUAUGAAUAAGGGUCAUGCAAAUUUUCCAUUAGAAGACGUGUUAAAUUGAAUUUCGAUGUACUACAACGAUUUUUGCUAUUUGUUUUUGUAAAUGAAUUAUACAAGAAGGAACAUCCGUUCUUUGUGCUGCAUAAGAAAUCUCACGCAUUCCAUAAGUUUCUAAUAGACAACGUAUUUUGUAUGUCAAUCGAAUCUCAAGCCUGUGCUUUUUGUUGUUGUAAAUUAUUUUUGUAUGUUAUUUAUGAUCGCUUCUGUGUAAAGCAUCACAGCGGCGGUAGCAGCAACCAUUGCUAAAUUAGUAUUUAUUUCUUGUAAAAUAAACUUUGAAACGCUUUAA